CGCGAUGAAUCAUUCAGAACCCAACAGUCGUCAACAGUCGUCGGUUUUCCAUUCAGAGCUUUGUUUCGAGAUAAUCUUCUUUUCUCUUUCUUUUGCAAUAUUGUACAUAUUGCAAAAAAAAAUACUUGCGCUGAUAAAAGAUAUUUUCUUUUAUUGCCGGUAUCAAUUGUGUUGUACGUCAAAUUCCGUGAACGAUAAUUAACGCAGUUAUAAUAUCGUAAUCUUCUAAUCUAAAUCGUCUCGUUAACGAGGCCGCAGACUUGUUUAUCGCGAAAGACGGGAAGUUGCAAAUACCAGGUGCAUACACAUUAUACGUAUAAAUUAUCUUUUAUCCGCGGCUACGUAUAUAUAUCUCGUGACAUAACUCGUCACGAAUCGCGACGACCGUGUGAUACGAUCGUGCCGGUAAUAAUAAUUAUAGCUUUCGAGGUGUGCGUGCUACAUCGGGAAAUUCGAUCGACGUUCGGAGAAUUCAGCUUUCUCGCAUAUCCUCUUCUGAGCCGUGUCAGCGGUUUCAAUAGGCUCCCGAUAGCGUAUCCGAUAAUAUCGAGGAACAACCUAAAAGCUUUCGACAUGGGGAUGGGCGUCGAACACAAGAUGUCGGACAAGAAUCCCGAAAUGAGGGAAACUGCCGCGAGAAUAUGUCGAGAUUACUUGCAUGGUGUUUGGAAGCACGUUACUGCGCAGAAUAUUAUUCUAAAACGUAUCAGUGGUGGUCUUAGUAACUGGUUGUACAAUAUCCAACUCCCCGAAGGAGCGGUCCCAAUUAGGGGGGAACCUCGUCAAGUUUUGCUACGUCUAUAUGGGCAAGUACAUGGAGAGAGAGCCUUGGAGGGACUUAUUACAGAAUCUGUCAUCUUCACUUUACUCUCUGAGAGGAGGCUUGGUCCCAAAUUGCAUGGAGUAUUUCCUGGUGGUCGUAUAGAGGAGUAUAUACCCGCCCGACCUUUACUCACAAAAGAACUGACAGAUUCCACUUUGAGUUCGCUGAUCGCAGAGAAAAUGGGACAAAUACAUACAAUGCAGAUACCAAUUAGCAAAGAACCUAAAUGGAUAUGGGAAACAAUGAAUAACUGGCUUAAUACAGCGACAGAUAUUCUCGAAAAUAAUGAAGAUAUUGAUAUUCAGCAUUUAGAGAAUAUUAGUGCAAUAAAAUACAUAAAUUUAGAACACGAAAUUAAUUGGCUCAAGGCACUUGUGAUGCAGCAAAAAUAUCCAGUUACAUUCUGCCAUAAUGAUAUGCAAGAAGGCAAUAUACUUCUACGUCAAAAUACGCGAAAGCCGGAAUUAGUACUCAUUGACUUCGAAUACUGUUCCUACAACUAUCGAGGAUUUGAUAUCGCUAAUCAUUUUGCUGAAUGGCAAUACGACUACACAACGCCGGAAUAUCCCUUCUUUCACGAACGUCCAUCUGCUGGUCCUACAAAAGAACAAAAGCUCAACUUCAUAAGAGCCUACCUGAAAACAUUGGGGAAAGAUGGAUCUGUGGAGGAGCAACAUGUCAUGAUGGAAGUGAGGAUAUUCUCGUUAGCUAGUCAUCUAUUCUGGGGUCUUUGGAGCAUUGUAAAUGCCAAAAUUUCACAGAUUCCAUUCGGAUAUUGGGAUUAUGCUGCCUCCAGAUUGAAGAAUUAUAUGUAUCUGAAAGAGAAGAUUCUUGCCUCUGAUCCACCAGCUUUGGAUGGCAACUUGAAAAGAAAAUCCAGAGAUAUAGAUUGAAAGAACAAGAUUGAGAAGAAAGAAGAUACAUUUACAAUCUAUUUAUAACACUUUGCUACAUAAGUAGGUAGCUUUAUUCGCUUUGUCAAAUCCAACUAAUGGCAUUGAUACAACCUUGGCGAGCAAUGAGUAACUCUUUUAACAGAGUAUUCGAAAUCGCGAAAUAAUGUACUCUGCUGUUUCGCAAAUAUAUAAGUGCAUUGUUUGAAGAAUACACGACAUGAACAAACGGAGCAGAUCAAGAGUAAACGGAAAGUCAACCAUGUGAUAUAGAAUAAGCAUGUACUUAAACGUUUCGUUUAAUAUUCUUAAGCAUUUGUCAAAUCUUAAUGCGCUUCUAUCAAAAUUAAGAAGCAAAGUACUUAAAUGUACUUCAUCAUUUUUAUUUGCAAUAUUCUUUUAGAUAAAUGAGAAAAUACUAUUUUUUUUUAUAAGGAACGAAAGUUAAAAACGACAAGGCUGAGUGUACAAAAAUGUGGUCAAAUUGUGAGAGUCGUUUGUCAUUUAUAAAUGUAUUUAAAAAAAAAAAUUUUUAUAUAUUUAUUGUAAGAUUAUAUCUCCCAAACUGUUUUUUUGUUAAUCAUAUUGUAUUUGUCAUAUUGUGUUCGUUUGGAUCUAUGUGCUUGAUUGUUUACUUGUAAUAAUAACGUAUAAAUUAUACUUGUAAAUAGAGUUAGAGAAAUAUCCGCCAUUUGUACUUGAAAUUAUAUAACUUGUGUAUUAUAAUUAAGUAUAAGUACUUAAUAUUGUAUAGAGAAAGAUAUAUAGCAUUUAACAUUCACAAUUACUGACAUUUAUCAAUAUAAAAUGCACCAAGAACUGGAAAAAUGUAUUUUCACGAAUUUUUAAAUAAAAUGAUUACUUUUUUGUUU